CCUCUUCUUUGCAACAACAACAACGACUGGGCAACUAUGAUUUUCAGUGUUGAGUUUAUAUUCUAUACCUCUAUGACAUGCAUUGGCUAAAUUAGGAGCUACAAUAAUAAUCUGUGAUAAACACAUAGUAUCAGCUCAUUAAACAUUUGUGUAGUAUAAACGGUAAAAAAUCGAUUUAGCUUUCCAUAGCAUGAUUUUCGGACAAAUAUUUCGGAUGAUUCACACGUCACGACUGAGUGAUCCAUGCAAUCACGAGUUUUAAUAAGAUUGUAUGUGUUCCUACUGAUAUGUGAGUUGACCCCAGCCAUGUACUCCUAUACUGGUCGUAGAGGCCGGGUGACCCUGGCCAAGACCAUCUACAAUCGCAUGAUUGUGGAUGAGAAACAUAAGGCAGACAGUCAUGAAUAUUGGUAUUGUGUGGAGAAAAGCAUCCUCUCCGAGGCCAUCAGUGAAAAGUUUGUGCAAUUCCACGAAGAUCCAGAGACUCACGAAUUCCUCAGCAAAUGUUACGAGAAAGCAGACUGGGUUUUCACACAGCUCUAUCACUUACUGGCCAAGUCCGUUAUGAGUUGGUUCAUGGAAAACACAUCAAUAAAUGGUUGGCUAGGUAGAGGCUCGAUGUUUGUUCUCUCACAAGCUCAGUUUAUGACACUACUGAAUGUCAAGGACAACUGGAUUGGACAAUCCAUGAUCGAUCUGGGUGCUGGUGAUGGUAAAGUCACAGAGAAAAUGUCGCCGUUCUUUAAGCAAGUGUUCGCCACUGAAACCUCAGGUCCCAUGGUGACCAGACUCAAAAACAAAGGAUACAGAAUACUGGACAUAGACAAGUGGGACAACGGUAGCCUGCAGUAUGAUCUGGUCUCGUGUUUGAAUCUCCUGGACCGCGCUGACAAGCCUGUCUCCAUUCUACAUUCCAUCAAACGGGUGCUCAAACCUGGCGGAAGAGUGCUGAUCGCAUUGGUGUUACCCUUCAGUUCCUAUGUGGAGUUUGGCUCCAAAGACAAUCGUCCGACAGAAAAACUGAACAUUGAAGGCUCAACAUUUGAGGCCCAGUGUAACAGCUUUGUGAAAGACGUGUUUGAACCAGCUGGGUUAGCAUUGGAGAGGUUCACAAGAGUGCCAUACCUGUGUGAGGGAGAUAUGCAGACCAGCUUCUAUGUACUGGACGAUGCAGUGUUUGUGUUAAAACAUAAAGAGGAGUCCUGAUUACCUUUAAAAUAUGCGCUGCUUUCUCGAAAAACCUGGCUUCAUGCACAGGCUUAAAGGACACUUUUGGCUUAAACUAGAUUUUUCUAGGAAGACAUACCCUUUAAACCAAAAAUACCAUAAAACCUGAAAGGGUCAUCCCUGAGUAGCCUAUGUGUACUUUACAACACUUAACGCUUAUGCAUUAAGACUGCUUGUCCCAGAGUGCAGCACAUAUACAUUGGAAUUAAGAAAAACACAAGAUUCGGGCCAUCAUCAUAAACCAGCAGGGAUGAGGUUUAUUGGAGUCACUCUGAUGGUUGGUUCGUUAGUGAGUCUAUUAGUCAAUAUUACUGUGCUAACUUUAACAUUGUUGAGUGAACUUAAACUUUGUGGAGUCCACUACUCAAACAUUUCUCAAGCGAUUUAACUUAAACUGUCAUCACUUUGUAGUACCCAUUGACGUGAAAGAUACUUUAUUAUCUAUAGUGAUCCAAAAAGUUGUUAGCUGUUGAACAUAGCUAACAAAACUGUUGGGAUUACUAACCAGUCAACAGUAAAUAGCCACACCUGUGGGAUUUUUGGUCAUGAGUUUACAGUCAAUGGAUAGAAUUUUUCACCUAUGUGCUUUAAUUAACCAAAAUAAAAAUUAACUCAUAACUAAUCAA